AUGUAUAAGAUAUCACAGGGCUGUCGAGUUGGAUAUGAAUCACUGCCGUUCUACAUCACCAGCUAUGAUACAGCCACUAGGUAUCUGAGAUCUUGUGGAUAUACCAGAAAAAAUGGAGAAAAAUGUGUCAUUGGGAAAAACUCUUUUUGUGAGCAAUUGUUCAUACUCCGUCUACAGAUAAAUAUACUGACUCACGUCACCAUGGAGGACACAGGGAUUUAUGAGGAGCUGGUUCAAUUCUUAAACACACCAGACAACAAAAUAAGAGGGAGUCAAAGUGAGCGAGAGCAGUUUAUAGAAAUCCUAAAAGAUUCAGGGGAGGCUGUACAUUACAGAGGGAGAUCACAGGACAGUGUACAAAACGUGACGUGGUUCUGGACAUACGAGGAUUGGGCGAGACCUGACAUCGUGAGAUCCUGUAUAGGCCUCCAUCCACACAAUGACAUCUACAUCAUCGACAACAAAGCUUACAGAAAACCAAGUACAUAUCAUAAAUAUUCAGAAGAGGUCAGAAGUCUUCUUUACAGUUUACUGUUGUGUGACAAGUACACUGGCAUUGUAAAUGGAGAGGCGUUCAAGUCAAUAAUGAUAAAGAUACGAGAAAAGUAUUUUCAAAAGCUUUUUCCGUCUAAUGAUGUUGAUGUUAAACAUCUUCAGCAUGUGGUGAAGGAAACACAGAAUGGUGAGGUAUCCUUUGUAUCAAAUGAUAUACGACAUGACGUCAUGUACGCCUUUGUCACGGAGUGUCUGGUGGAGGACAGUGAUCUGGAGUUUUUCCUGAUCACGGCGUCACUUGACGUGAUAUCAGAAUACUGCAGAUCAUGGGAGUAUAAGAGGAGUGAGGGAGAGAGAUGUCUGUAUGUACCGGACAGACCGGAGAAGAUGUACGACCUCUUCAUAGACAAACUACAGCUGAACAUCAUCACACACUGUACCAUGUCUGACAGGUGGAUUCAAGUCAGGAUCAGUAAACGUUUAAAAGUUCCCAAAGAAAUAUUAAGGUGGGACCAGAAAGCAAGAGAGCGGUAUGUCCAGUACGCCGAGAAAGGGGGAGUACAGGAAGUCCAUCACGCCAGGGGAAUGAUUGUAGGAUGUGCUGGGGCCGGGAAAACCACGCUACUGAAUCGUCUACUCAAGCGCAGUAAGAAAGAAAUAAAGAAAUUAAAGUCAACGAAAGGAUUAGAGGUCCACGAGGAAGUGUUUGAAAUCUGUGAAGAGAAAGGAACACUAAAAGUCAGGGAAACAAACAAAGACGGAAGUGAAGCAAUACCUGAUAAGGGUGUCAAGAAAACACUGAGCUUCUUUGAUUUUGGAGGACAGUGUGCGUACUACGCCUGUCACCAGAUUUACCUGACCAGGAGAGCUUUUUAUAUAGUGGUGAUUGAUGCAUCUAAAGACCUUGAACACCUGGUAGAGAAGGACGUUUGUGACCAGAUGGACACCGUAUUUGCAAACUGGAAAUACAAAGAUUACUUUCUAUUUUGGAUGAAAUCAAUCCACACUUACUGUUAUGGGAAUUCAAGAAUUGACAGAGACAGUGAUGUUAUUAUUAUACUCGUAGCAACACACUGGGACAAACGUGUUUACAAGGACAAAGCUACCUUUCUCGAUGGUCUGCAGACUGUAUUGCCUGUAAAUUCAGACCUUGUCCAGUACAUCAUAGAAGAUAGAUGCUUCUGCACAGAAUUUCCUAUAGCCCCUAUCAAGGACCUUGAAGAAUUUCUUGUGCAGAUAGCUGCGGAGGAAAAAUGGAGUGAACAAAUUCCCGAUGAAUGGGUGUUUUUUGAUGAAAAGAUUCAGAAAGAGAAGAAUAAGCGUGUGUUGGAAUUUGAUAUUAUAGAAAAGGUUUUUAUGCAUCAUGAAGAUGAAAAACAAAUUCUAAAUCUGGCAAAAGACAUGUUAAGAUACCAUCAUGAUGCUGGGAAAAUUCUUCAUUUCAAUGAAGAACAUCUUAGCAAAACAGUGAUAAUUGAUGUCCAGUGGUUUGUUAAUGCCUUUAAAUAUAUAAUCACAGACAGGAAUCAUGUAAAGGGAAUCGUUGCCUGUAGACAGGAUUGGGAGGAAUUUUACAAAACAGGAAAUUUAAAAGACUCCCUUCUCAGUGACAUAUGGAAUGGGGAAGACGAAAGACUUUUGGGAACUAAAACUUCAUCAAAGAAUGCUAAACUUGCUGAAGAUCCUCGUUUUCUACUGUACCACAAAGAAGAAUUAUUGUUGUACAUGCAGAGAUUGGGUUUGAUUUCUAGUGAAGACCAGACACAUUAUGUUCCUUCUAUGAAUAAGAGGGACUUUGGAGAAACACAGAAAGAGAUAAUUACAUGUAAGAGGUCCAAUUCAAAGUCCUCUGUCCUUGUAUACUUGUUCGACUUCUUGCCGUAUUUCUUCUUUUAUCGUAUAGUCGUAGCAUUGAUGCAAAUCGAAAAUUGGAAUGUUCUGGAAAGUGACGGCAUCCGUAGUUUGUACAAAGACGCUGCCAUGUUCAAUCACAAGGGUCAUAAUAUUGUCAUCACAGUAACUCCAUCUACAAUCCAGCUUCAAAUAUUUCAGCCCAACUCUCAAAUGACAAUGCUCCAUGAAGUGACAUUGUCUAUUCGAAAAAGUGUUGAAUCCAUAUUGCAUAGUGUGACCAAAUCUUUCCACAAAUGUUUAGCAUACCAAGUGGGAUUUAUUUGUUAUGGAGAAGAAAAUCAAAUUCUAGGCAGAGAAGUUUCUUACAAUUUUGUUGAGGAAAGCAAGGUGGGAAGUGGAAGCCAGAUGACAUGCCCUCGACAUUAA